AUGGAAACACAAAAUUAAUCAAAUCUCAAGCUGAUAAAAUAGUUGAGAUCUUCUUAAAAUUAAUUACUUCAAGAAAAAUAAUAAUUCCAUAAGAUUUUAUCCUUAAAAGAUGCUGAAUUUUAAUUACUCCAAUCUUAAUCUCGAGAAAUGUAAUUACAACAUCAAGCAGAUUCAGAAUAAUUAAAAUAAGUAAUUAAUUCAUAGAAAUCUCAUCUAGAAAAUUAAAAUAAUAAUCAUAACUUUGCUUAUAAAAAAAUUAUAGAUGAAACUAAUGAUUGUGAGGCUAAAAGUGAGUAUGCAGAUGAGAAUGAUAGUGUGAAUAAUAAUAAUAAUAAUAAUAAUGAUGGAUAAGGAGUUGAUUUUCAGAAUGGAAAAGAUUAAGAAUUGUUAUCAGAAGAACCAGCCAAUGAAUCUAUUGAAAAUAAUAAUAACUAAAUUUAAUAGUAAAACAUUUAUUUAGAGGGAGAGAGUUAGAUAGAAGAUGACAGCACAAAGAAGGAAAAUAUAUUAUCUUUAAAACUAUCAGAUCUUAAUCCUGAGUUGUAAGGAUAAAACAUAACUUAAUAAACCCAACUGAUUAAAAUGGAGGACUUAUAAGAGUAAUAAAAAUAAACAGAUGAUUAAGAUACACCAGAUCUAUAAUUUGAUGAUGAUUUGAAUGAUGUGUUAGUAUAAAUCAAUACUUAUCAAGAAAUAAAAUAAGUUAUUCUGAAGGAAGAAACACCUUUGGAUGAUAAUAUCAUUGAUUUUGAUUAGGUUGGUUAAUAAUAAGAGGAGAAUAAUUAAUUAUCAGGAUGGGACUUUGAAGACAUCUGA